AUGGAUGAGUCGAGGGUGCACUUGGUUGAGUUAAGGUAAAGUGCAAGGGAACGGCGACAGAGCAAAGUGGCGGUUAGAAUGACCAAAAAAUGAGCCGGAAAGCAAAAUGCGGCAGCCGCCGUUGCCCAGAGACAAUACACAACACAAGGCCUCUCUGUCGCGCCGGCGCACAGCGUCUUCUUCUUUAAUAACUCGUUUCAAUCUCUCCGAAGCCCCAUCGAAAUGUUUAUAUGGCUGCCAGAUGAAGUAGUAAUCAAUUGCGUGCGCUUUCCAGUUCUUACUCGGAUGUAGAAGACAAACACGGAGGUUGCUGAAUGAAUCGCGCUUUGUAAAAAUAGGAGAACGAACACAAAAAUUCAUUCAGUAGCAUAUGAACCAAUCUAAAGAAAUAAACGUGAGCUUUGAGUGCCAAAUUGAGAACACUUUCAUAAAGGACAGAGUUUGGCACGAAAAAUAUUUAAGCUUACUGAAGGAUUUUUUCAUGGAAUCUUACACACUUUCCUGAAGAUCGAGAGGAGCUUGGAAAAUAUAUAACAGCAACAGAACUUUGAUUUACUGACAGCUAAACAAAUUAUAUUCUCAAUGUACGGGAGUAAUACUCAACUGGUUCGAAGAAUUUUCGAAAGAUAGAUCACAAAAAGUUAAAGUCAAUAACAGUAUUUCGAAUGAGAUAAAAAUAUUGUCAGGUGUACCGCAAGGUAGCUCAUUAGGACCUCUUAUGUUUUUAGAAUAUAUCAAUGACUUGUCAGAAGUUAUUAAAUACUGUAACUUGAGCAUGUUCGCAGAUGAUUGUAAACUGUAUUUAUCUAGUAAUGUAACAAACCAUAAAGCCAAACUUCAAGAAGACUUAAAAAAUGUAUACCAAUGGUUAGAGGGCCGUCAACUAUCAAUAUCUCCUGAGAAGUGCAUGUUAGUUCAGUUUGGAAAAAAAGACAGAACCCAGUACAUACAAAAAUUAACGAUCAAACUCUUAGCACUAAACAAAAAUGUCAGAGACCUGGGAUUCUUCUUCACGAAUAAUCUGAAAAAUGGGACACCAUGUGAGUAUAGUAGUACAAAAAAAUGUAUGAAAAAUAAUAAAUAAUUUAUUUCGCUGUUUUUCAUUUCUCUCAAAAAUAACUUUCUAAAAAUGCUAUAAAGCCAAAAAUCUUGCCUAUCAUUGAGUACGGAUCCGAACUAAUGUGCCCGCUAAAUUUGAAUGAUAUAAAUCAACUAGAAUCAGUCCAGAGAAAAUUUACCAAAAGAUUAUAUCCGAAAUUGGAUUAUCGCAGUAGAUUAGCCAAACUGAAACUAUCGACGUUAUGGACUAGAAGACUUUUUAAAGACGUUUGUUGCGUUCACAAAUACAUUCAUGGAUAUUUUUGGAGUGAGUCGCCUGUUAAAUUAAUGAUGAAUUCGAGAAGAAAUAAUCAACUCAGAGGAAAUGGAAUGAGACUUGUUCAACCAAUGAAUGAAUUGAUCAAAUUUGAGGCAGAAAAAGGGUGCAGAAAGGCAGCAAAAAGGGGGCCUUCGUCACCCUGAAAGGAACAUUUCUAUGGAGUCUUCCAGCACCCUCGGAGAGUCCUCGAAGGGCCCUUCGGACUUUGCCUAUGAACAACGCUUCCUAAAUCAUAGAGUCAUACCCAUUUGGAACCAACUGGAGAGAGAAACUAUCAUUGAAUACGAAAUCGGCAAGUUUCGGAUUAUGCUCACCUCAUGGUUCGAAUCAAUUACAUCGUUUUUAAAAUCAUUAGAUCCUACUAAAAUCUAGAAAAAAAUUUCUAACUUAUUAAAAAAACAAAGAACAAACUUAAAUACCAAAUGGGGGUUAGCACCGUCUAUUCAGACAAUCUUUUCCUCCAGCCGUUUCCACAGAUCAGCUGUUAGAUUUAUUUGAUUGUUUUGAUGUUUCAUUUUUUUUUGUAUUUGUCGUGCUGAUUGCGGAAUGGCGAAUAAACACUUGAAAUGAAUGAAUAAAUGAAAGGCGAUUUUAAAGAAAGAUUUCAAGCAUUCUAGCGCUCGUCCAUGAAAAAUAAAAAUUAAAAUAUUAAAAAUAAAAAUGAGGACAUCGAACUUAGUCAAUUACAAUGAGAUACAACGAUAGAAAAAACAUUGACUCGAGAAGAUUUCACAGAAGAAAUUUUGACUGAAAUGAGCUCCUUGGUCGGGAGAAGAAAAAUGGUUUUUUUUUAUUAAUCAACAAAAAAAAUUGGUAGAGCUCAACGUAAAUUAAAAAUCAAACAUUUCGGAAUCAACACACGAGCAAUAAAAAAACAUUUUGAGAUCAGAAAACUGUCAAUGGAGCAACAUUUCAGAAUCACGCACAGUAGAUCAUGAGGAUUUCCGCCGUGAUGUCGACACAUGUGGCACUUUAUCACACGACAUUGCCUUUUUUUUUAAUUAUUUAAAAAGAAAUAUUUUUUACUAACAUAUAUGUUUAUGUACAUUUAAACUCAAAUAAGAAUUUUCAGGUCGAUUCAGUGACUAUUUAAAUCCUCAGCGUUUUCCAGUUUCCACGUGUUUAUAUUAAAAAUGGAAAACUGCGAGUUUAUAAUAAUUUCAGAAGUCCGAAGUCGAGUCACUUUUAUGAAGCGAAACCUAUUUUUCUCCGGUCUCAGCUGGAAGUUUUCUAGGCUUUCCUGCUCUCCUUUCGUAGCACAAUGCUCGUACAGUUUGCAAAUUGCUCCACCCGUUCUUCCGCCAACUAGAGGUUGGAUGAAAUUUACUUGGAUGAAAACUUUGAUUUUUUUUUUCUAAUUUUUUUCUUUUACUGGUUUUUCUAGACAGAAAGCGACCUCAUUCUUUUGCCGAACUCGUGAAGUCUCGCUAUGGCAGUCAGCUCGAUGAAAUGAAUAAAAACAUCAAAGAAAUGGAAGUGGACAGGCAGAAAUUUUCACAGGUAGAAGUUCAUACAGUCAAAAAUUUUAUUUUCUUACUUUUUCAGGAUCCGACACCAAAAUUCUUUUUUGACAAGCUUACCGAGGCUGUAUUGAAAGACACCGCAAAGUUUGUUGCUAUCGGGUCUUCAGUAAACGGUUUUGUCUCCAAGUCUUCCGAUUUUGACUUUGUAGGUAUAAGAAACUUUUUAUUUUACAAAGAAUACUUCAGGUGUUCUUUCCAACUGUAACUGCGCAGAGAAUUCGCUUUUCACGCGACUUUCAUAACAACCACAGUUUCAAAAUGUAAGCUGAAGAAUUAUUUUCAAGACAAAGAAAGAUUUUUUACUCAGGAAUUUUAUGCAAGUUUUCUCUAAAUUGAUUUCGCGGGAAAGCAAAAGACUAGGCUUCUCAGUGAAAGAAACGGUUGUCCUUUCCAGAUUACGGGUGAGAAACAAAAUGUUAAUCCAUUUCCGUGAUGCAACUUCAGGUGCCCCUUCUGAUCGUUCGCUUUGAGAACGGGCUGAGCAUCGACAUCCAGUUCUCAGAACACGGCUUCCACGCGAUUCGGAACACGCAUAUCAUCAGGUGUUAUGCGCAAGUUAGAACUCAGUGAGUCGACAAACGUCGAUGGAAAACUUUGAGUGCGAUGAGCGGUUCUCCCAACUUUUCAUGUGGCUGAGGACAGUUUGCGACGCCUUAGAAGUCAGAAACAGCAAAUUCGGUCUUCUAUCCUCAUACCAUCUCUUGCUACUGGUUGUCCAUUUCCUACAAAGUGAACAAGUAUGCUAGUAUUCCAAGUUUCUUUCACACCAGAAAAAUUAAAGUCGCUCUCCCCUUGGCCAGUGCUUCCGGUGCUCUCAAAAACGCAUCCGAAGCUAGUGGCGUCGUCGAUUCCCAUCGAAGACAUCGUUUCCGCUCUGGAAAGACCGGCACCGGUUAUUAGUGAGUUUCAAGAUACUUGAGGGCCACACAUAUUAUAGUUGUAAGCUGAAAGGUUCGGGAAUAUUUCAAACUAGCUUUCUUUUUUUUUGAACUUCGUUUUAGUGAAAACAUGGUUUUGUUUUCUGCUAUAGCCGAUAGUCAGUCUCCAUGAUUUGCAGCUUUUUUAAUAGGUUGAUAAAUGGAAUUGAAAAAAAAAAUCUCCUGAUCCGAAAUUGAGAGGAAAAUUAUUGGACUUGUGCCUUGACUGAAGUUUUGGUAUAGUUAUUCAGUCUUAAAUGUUUCGAAGUUGACGUACUGAAUGAGUAUCAGGCGCGAUCGGCUGAGCUUAUUCAAUGAAAAUUGUAAUUUUUAAUAAGCUCUUUCAAAGUUUUCCUCAGAAGAUUCUUUCGGAAAUCGAAAAACUUUGAUUUUGCCAGACUGGGAAUCGCACAACAAAAUGAGCGUGGCUGAGCUGGCAAUUCGUUUUGUCGAGUACUAUUCGCAGUUUAAUUUUUCCACCGAAGCCAUUUUCAUCGCCAAAGGGCUGACGAUGAAAAGGUAUUUCACAAGCGACUCUAAAUGAGCUUGAAUUAAUGUUUCUGAAGAAAACAAGCACUGAACUCGGUGCAAAUCCAGCUGAUCGAUCCUUUCUCACCGUCGACCGUCUGUCGAUCAGCCUACGCAGCCAGCGCUUUCAUCUCCGCCAUUACCUUCCUCCGAUCCCAGAUGAAGAAAGGUUUCUUGGCCCCUCUCAGCAAAAAGAGCAUCAUUUUCUUUGAGGUCUCAUGUUGGAUGCUCUCCCGAACUACCCCGAGGUGGAACUGUUCAAACGAGAGACGCAGUUUGCUUCGUGGCGUGUACAAAUGUCCAAUAGGCGGGUUCUUUAA